AUGGAGAACAGCACAGAGGUGGCCGAGUUCCUUCUGCUGGGGCUGACCCAUGACCCCGGGCUGCAGACCCCGCUCUUCCUCGUCUUCCUCCUCGUCUACCUCAGCACGCUGCUUGGGAACCUGGGAAUGGCUGCGCUGAUCCUGCUGGACUCGCGUCUGCACACGCCCAUGUACUUCUUCCUCAGUCACCUCUCCCUGGUGGACUUUGGGUAUUCUUCAGCCGUCACUCCCAAGGUGAUGGCUGGUCUCCUCUCAGAGGACAACGUGAUGUCCUACAGCGCAUGCGCCACCCAAUUCUUCUUCUUUGUGGGCUUCAUCACUGCAGAAAGUUUUUUCUUGGCCUCCAUGGCUUAUGACCGGUAUGCAGCCGUGUGUAGACCCCUGCACUACAGCAGCACCAUGACCACGAGCAAGUGCGUUUGUCUGAUCACCGCCUCCUACGUCUGUGGCUUCUUGAACUCUGCCAUCCACACCGGGAACAUCUUCAGGCUGUCCUUCUGCGGGCCCAAUGUGGUCGAUCACUUCUUCUGUGAUGCCCCUCCUCUCCUGGCACUCUCCUGCUCAGACAGCUACGUCAGUGAGAUGGUCAUCUUCCUGGUGGUGGGUUUCAAUGCCCUGUUUGCUGUCCUGGUCAUCUUGAUCUCCUAUCUGUUCAUAUUCAUCACCAUCCUGAGGAUGCAGUCCUCUGAAGGGCGCCAGAAGGCCUUCUCCACCUGCGCCUCCCACCUCACCGCCGUCUCCAUCUUCUACGGCACCGUCAUCUUCAUGUACCUGCAGCCCAGCUCCAGCCACUCGCUGGACACGGACAAGAUGGCAUCUGUGUUCUACACCAUGGUCAUCCCCAUGCUGAACCCCGUGGUCUACAGCCUGAGGAACCAGGAGGUCAAGAGGGCCUUCAGGAAGGUUGUGGGGAAGGCAAAGUCUUCCAUAGGAUUCAUAUUUUAG